AUAAACGAAUGCGAAGUGCAGCGCUGUUACGGCUUUUAUCGUAUUUUUUAUAUUUGGGUUCGAAACUUUCGUACUCAGCGUCCAUAGAAACGUACAAGAUCGUAUCAUCCAACUCGAAGGAAAAUCAGAGUUACUGUUAUUGUACAAGGAAAAAGUAUGAAGUUCCACAACUGUGUUGUGUGCAACACACGUACGAAACCAAAAAACAGAAGACCGGUGAACAAAUCCAUAAAGAAGUAUCUGUUGAAAAAGUUUUUCAUUAACGCUGAUGAGAGGUCAAUUAUAUGUAAUAAAUGCAGACAUAACUAUUAUAUAGCUGAGACGCAGCGUAGUUCAACAUACAGUUCAACAGAAGCAAGUGAUCCGGACUUUCAUCCGCCAGCCUCUAAAGGGAAUUCUUCAUAUCUCAGCCCUCCGUCUGUUUCACUGAAAAUACCGUGCACUACAAAGACUCAUGCUAAAUGUUUCUUGUGUAAGAGACCGGGACCUAAACUCAUCGUUGUACCCUCCGAGACAAGAGUGACGGUAUUUAUAAAAUUCAAUAUACUGAUACCAUCCGGAUCACGCUGCUGUCCUGUACAUAUAUAUAAUGAGCAGAUUUCAGAGGAGUCCCUUAUAAACGUUCUAACCACAGACACAGUCUUUAUGAGCAGAACAAAUAUCUUAGAGUUGAUCGGGGCUAUAAGAAAGGAAUGCAUCAGAACAAAUGAAAGGCUUAAUUUUGACAACUUGAGAGAAGCAGAUUAUAAAGAACUGACUGGACUUAAGCAGACAGACUUUGAAGACCUCUUCCUUAGUAUAGAAGAGCAUAUUCGGAGCUCACCCGUACGUAGUCCGAGAACUACAGUUGGACUGUUCCUGUUGAAAUUAAAGUCUGGCAUAUCAAACAAACUUCUUUCAACAAUUUUAGGUAUAACGCCGUCAAGUGUCCGAAGAGCAAUUUCAAGUGUAAGACGUGCAUUAAUGCAGCAUUUUGUUCCGGCGAACUUGGGUCUUGCACAUAUAUCUAGGCAAGAAAUUAUUGACAAACACACAAGACCUCUUGCUCAGUCACUGUUUGGUACAGAUGAGUCGGGUGACAGUCAGCCAAAGAUGAUGCUUGUUUUAGAUGGAACGUAUGUUUACAUACAAAAAAGUACAAACUUUCAAUUUCAAAGACGGUCAUUUAGCAUGCACAAGGGCAGACCCUUAGUAAAACCAAUGGUAGUUGUAACAACCAGUAGGUACUUUGUCACCAUAAUCGGACCCUACCUGGCAGAUGGAAGAAACAGUGACGCACGUAUAUUAACUCACAUGAUGCAGACAAAUGUCGAAGAAAUAAAAAGCUUUGUAGCUGAAAAUGACGUUUUUAUUGUUGACAGAGGUUUUCGGGAUUCCUUAGCUAUGCUGGAAGAUAUGGGAAUACAUGCCGAAAUGCCUGCAUUCAUGCAAAAAGGACAGAAACAAAUGACAACAGAAGAUGCUAACACUAGCAGACUAGUCACGAAGGUAAAUUGAUAAUAUAUGUGUUAUUUUCUAUAAAAAAGGAGACCAAAACCUAAAGUAAUAGAAUUAAAUGCAAAAUAUCAGGCGCGAGAACGAAUGUAUAUAGUGCUUUGAUAAUACGGUGCCGUAAAAUGACUAUUGCUAAAUUCUAAUGCAUUUUAUUUAUAUGCACGUAGACUGCUGUAUUUAUUGUCCCUGACACCUGACAAUCUUUUCUAAUAUUUUCGGGCGUUUUCGUUAUUGUACGCGAUAUUUGUGUCCUGAUUAUAUCUACAUUAA